AUGUCAGAAAAUCCAGAAUCUCGAACCCAACGCUCGGAAGCCCGACCUGCUGUCGUUCCUCAACGCGUUCAGAAUCCCGCAGUUGCACCGAUAAUACCACCACUCGAGUACCCUUCUGACCUCAACUACACCCCGAUUGUAUUUGGAAUGGCACCCCAUCAUCAUUGGUCGAUGAAGCACGUCGAGCUGAACACGCUUCGGCGAAAUGUCGUCGACGAAACGCAGGGUCACUACAUUGUCUCGAUGGACCCCAAUGAUUUCUUGCAUGAGUUCUUACCUUGGAACAACUUCAAAACUCGUGUCUUCAGAGCCUUCAAAGCUCAGAAGCCCUCGGCCGAACGGAUCAAUCACCUUAUAGCGAUGGGCGCAAAGACCGAAAGGGAAAUGUAUGGGUGUUUCAACAAUGCAUUCUCCGGUUGGCCCGACGCGCUUGGUGCCAAGUGUCGCAAUAUCAACUUCCAUGACACCCAUAACUAUCGCGACUCGUUCAGUGGCCUUGGACCUGACUGCGUGAUUGACGACCAGGAGAUUGUUCGACGACGGAAGAAACUGAAGGUUGACUUCGCCAACUUGCUCAGCUUCGUCGAAUUCAAAGUAAGCGAGCUGAUGGACGCAUUCAUCGAUGUUGAUGGCGAAGAGUACAGUGGCAAGCAGGCAGAUUCACACGAUGCCGACGAAGAGGCAGGUGGCGACGAGGUAGAAGAGGAGGACGAUAAUUUAGGCGACAUCCCAGAUGCCUACACUGCCGAAGACGAGCCCUGUGGGAAAUACAAUCCUGAGGAACCCGAGACCGACCUGGGUCUCGAGGAUGAUGCAGCACUAGCCCCGUCCAAAGCUCAUCCGUCUGAAAACGACAGCAUCGCAGGAGCAGACACGAGGGGUCAGAUUGCCAGUUACGCGGGCGUCGCCAUGGCCAUGCAGUUCCGGUCCCACUUAUUCAGUGUCCUUAUAUGCGGACGAUAUGCACGCUUCAUCCGCUGGGACCGCUCCUGUGCCAUUGUAUCUCGCCGCUUCGACUACACCGUAUAUCCCGAGAUUCUAUUCGAGUUCUACCACCGCUUCGCACAGCUCACGAAAUAUAAACGAGGGCUGCUACCGAAUUUCAAAACACUACGCAAGGAGGACGGCGAGACUGCGCUCAAAGCAUUCGAACGGUUUGCUAAAGAGACCUUUGAGGGCCAGGACAUUGAAGAAUACAAGCUACAAGCGCAGCUUCGUACUCGUUCCAUGCUGCGUAUGGAGUAUAAGGGCGAACGUUACGCCGUACCAACACCUAGUUUCGAUGGCGGCAUGUACUCCCCCUUUGGGCGCCUGACUCGGAAUCGUCCCGUGGUGCGCCUUUUGGCGCAGGAAGAAAAAUGCGAAGUUCUGUAUUUCAAGGAGUAUUGGCGCGAGCACUCUGACUUUACCGAACCAGAGUCUCGAGUAUAUGAACUCAUCUCGAAGGACGCCAAUCUAAGCAACAACCCUCAUUUCGCCACAAUGCGCGCUGGCGGAGAUAUCGAGAUAGAGGGCCAGCCGGUCAAUACCAUUGGCCACGAGUACGCAGAUUCGCCGUGGGUCGUCGGCGAGAUGCGAGUACGGAAGCUCACGGCCCAUUUCAUCAUCCUCAGUACCAUCGGUCGGGAUCUAAGAACGUUUCGGUCAGCACGCGACCUUGUCUCAUGUAUCGCCGACGCGAUGGAAGCUCACCAACUCGCAUACGACGUGCUAAAUAUCCUCCAUCGAGAUAUCAGUGCAGGCAACAUACUGAUGUCUACGCAAAAGCCUCCUCGUGGUAUCCUCAUCGAUUGGGACCACUGUAUCUUCAUGGAUAAAUUGACGAAAGACAGAGAAACAAGAGUGAAGCGAACCGGUACAUGGCAGUUCAUGUCGGCCCACUUGGCAGCGAAUCCAAAGACGGCACCCCACAGCCUCGUCGACGACCGCGAAUCCGCUCUCCAUGUUCUGAUGUACCUCGCCAUCAAAUAUCUCCGCCACAACAAGGGCGAUCACUACUGCAUGCGAGAUCUGCUUUCCAUGUUCGAUGAUUUCAUAGAAAAACCAGGAAACCCACACAAACAAGCAACUACACAAAAAUCGAAUGUUAUCAAGCUCAAGGGUCCAGAUAUCGUGUUUGAUCUCAAGCCGAUUAAUCAGCUCAUCAAGAAACUGUGCACCAAUUUCGCAGCUCGCUAUGAAAAUCCGGAAAACGAUUCCGAUUCCGAAGAUGAAGAUGCCGGGCAGUUGAAGAGAACUCGAUCGAAUCGGCUUUCCAACUUAAAAAAGAAAGACUGGCUCUAUUCUGAAUUUCGCAAGUUCGCGGCUAAGCUACCUGAACCUCAGGGCAACGAAACGGACCACGUCCAUAACUCGAAGCAUAUCCAAGAUGUUCGUCAGGGCCAGGGAAAGCGAGGGCGAGAGGAUGAUCUAUGUGAUGGAACUGAUGGGUCCAAACUGGCCAAACCCUACGAUAUCCUGGCAUUUAUGGUCAACGCUAAGCAUGAAGCAUCUGCCCCCCCAGAUCGCAAGAGGCAGUGCACCGGCAAGUAA